AUGAAGAAGAUUCAAGGCGUUAGCAAGCAAAAAGCACAGAAUAACAAAAAUGAAUAUUUAAGACCAAAUGCCAAUAUGCAUACAAAUAAGCAAUGUAUAGAUAACGGCAUUGGCAAUAAAUUUGAAAUUGGUCCCAGAUUUAAUAAUGAAAUACAAAAGAAUGACAAUAUACGUUCUGAAGAUAGUGUAAGUAAGACAUCCGAAAUUCAAUUUACAUUGGACUAUUUACGUUUUAUGUGUAAUCAGCGGAUCUAUAUAAUACCUAUUACAUUUAAUUGGGUUAUACUUAUGUAUCUAACUAGUAUGUUUUUCUUGUUUAUAGAAAAUUUAGAAUUAAUGAAUAAUCCAAAUCAAGCUGAAAACAUAAUUAUUCUAUUAAUUUUUAAAAGUUGCUCUAGUACUGCUCAGAAGUUUCUAAUCGUAUUUAUAGCUUUCUUUUUUGUUAAUAUAAUAUAUGCUGCGUGUAGAAUAGUUGAGCAAUUCAAUGCAAUGCGCCCCACACUACCGCAUAUGAUAAUUAACAACAAAACAACGCGCAUUGUAGUGUUUUUUAUUGAAUAUAUUAUGAUGAACUUUGCACCUAUGGUGAUUGGUAAAUUCAUUUCAUCUAAAUACAGUACUUCUCUGCCAAUUACGCCUAUGGUUUAUAUAUUCUAUGUAAUACACAUGAUUUAUUUUUUGGGUGAAUUUAUGUAUCAUAAUACAAUCAGACUUCCUAAAUAUUAUAUAUUUAAGCCCAAUACAAAACAAAUGAAAAUUGCACAGUAUGCUAUAUACUACAUAAACCAUGUAAUAUUGGUGUUAAUUUUAAUGGCAGUUGCAAUUAGUCCAGAUGUAUUAGUCCCAUUGACAGUUAUAGAUUAUAUUUACAAAAAACAAGCAAUAUGA